AUGUUGUUCAAAUCUGGUUUUUCAGUGGCAGCCACUACUAUUGCCUUCACUGUUUCUGCACUCCCAAUUUCCAGUAUCAUCGGUGAUGAUAGCACUCUCGUGGCCACAACAGUUUUUUCGCUGAAAGUUUCUUCUAGUCAUCCAGUGAUGGCUUCUAGCAUAUAUGGUGACUAUGUUUACACUGAUUCGGACUCAGCUUACUCACCAACUGGUAGUGAUGUCACUGACUCUUCUUAUCCAACCGAUACUGGCGACAAUACCGACUCUUACUAUCCAACUGACACUGAUAACACAUACUAUUCUGCUUACCCAACUGACUAUUCCUCCUCCUCAAAUGAAUGGGUCUCUUCUCCAAUGGACUUUGACAUUGACGAUUUAGGAAACGAUACCAGGGCCACCAACAUGAACAUGACCUCCUACUCUUCCAAUUCCUCGUCCACCACCACCACGGGGGCUGAUGAAUUGUACGAUUGGAUCAUUGAUUACUUGGCGUCUGAUUUGAGCAUUCUUAGUCUGUUCAUCGACAGAGCCAUGGAAAGACUUGAUUCGUACGGUAAUCUGACCAUUAAUAAUAAUAAUAAUAAUACUACCACUGGGGUUAACACUACUUAUUCUUCGGACUAUUUUGGGUACUACUAA